AUGUUGUUGUCAAACAAGACAAGCCAUAUAUCUAUCAUCUAUCGUAUCAUAUCAUUUAUUCUAUCACUCUCUCCGAUCACACAUAAUAUCUAUCAAAUUUACAAGAUGGUAAAACCAUCAUCAACAACACUAUCACCAUCUUCUUUUGGAUGGAUGAUGAACAAUGUAAUUGUUAGUGUCAUGGUGAUGAUGCUCAUUACCAUCGUUGUGGUAACUGGAUCGUCAUCCUACUCAUCGUCACCAGAUGAAAGUGGUAGUGGAAGUACUAAUACAAUUUUGGAUAUGUGUAAUCCAGAUACAUUGUAUGAUAUGAUGGACAAUAUUGGUGUCGAUCCAUCACCCAAAGGUAUUGAUAGGUUGGGUGCAUACGGAUCAUGGUACAGUCCAUGGACCACCAAACUAGCAACAUCCAACCAAAAAUAUUCAUUGGAGACCUAUGAACCAACCAAAGACUUUGCAUUUUGGUUGGAAGUAAGACCAACCGAACAAGGUAGAUUCGUUCCUGUUCAAGUUGACAAUAAUAAUAAUUAUAGAGAUUUAAUACCAAUUGGGUAUAAUGCAAGAUCAUCAGUAUAUGAAUAUGGAGGUACACCCAUUGUAUUUUUAAAUUAUCCACGUCAUGCUAAUGACCAAGACUUUAAAGUUGUAUUUAUCAAUGAAGAUCAAGCUUUGUAUCUACAUUAUCCACAUCGAGACAAAUAUGUACCAUUAAGAUUAACACCACCUGUCACUACCCGUAAUACAACCAUGCGAUUUGUAGAUGGAACACAUGACAAAAAGAGAAAUAGAAUUGUCUAUAUUUGUGAAGAGCAUUUUCCAUCACCCGAUAACCCAGAGGAAGAAUUGCAACAAGCGCUAAACUAUCUAUGUUCAAUCGAUCUACGUACCAAAGAAAUUAAAAUCAUUGAACAAGGUAGAGAUUUUUAUUCUUAUCCAAGAUUUAAUCAUGAUUUCUCAAAAGUAAAUAUAAAUAUAAAUUUAACAUGGAUAUCAUGGAGUUUCCCAAAUAUGCCAUGGGAUGAUACAGAAUUGUAUGUUGGAAAUAUACAUUAUUUUGAUGGAUCUCUCACAUCAAAGUAUCGUGUGUCUUGGUUUAAUGAAUCCGUGAUCGAUCCGAAAUGGGGUAUUGGAGACGACCGUGAUUCACUCUACUAUAUAUCUGAUAUUAGUGAGGGCUAUUGGGCAAUCCAUAAACACAAUAGUAUCUCUAAAACCAACCAAUUAAUCCAGUCCCCCAAAAGUCUAGGUUACAUUGAAAUCGGUGAACCAAUUUGGUAUUUUGGUAGAUCUUUUUAUGACUUGCUACCAAAUAAAAGAAUUAUGGCAACUGGAGAUAAAUAUAUAAUUGAUAUAAAGAUUGGAAUGGGAUUUGAGAAAUAUGAAAAUGAAAUGUCGAUUGGAAGAUCAAUCAAAACACAAAAACAAGGAGUUGGGUGUAGAGAUGAAUAUGAUUGUUCAGUAACUAUUCUUGGAGGUUCACCAACUCAAACAACUACACUUGUAAGAUUAUUAUCAUCUCCUCGUAAAAGUUUUCAAAAUAAUCAAAACAAUCAAAAUAAUAGUCAACAACAAAAAGUUAAAGUUGGAGUACAAGUCGAUGUUUCAUCAAUUAGAUAUCAAGAUAAAGAUAAAGAUAAAAAGGAUACUUAUAUUAUUGAAAGAUUUGGAUUCCCGUAUGAAUGUAAUCGUCAAACAGGACAAUGUAAAUCAGUUUAUCUUUUACCCUAUCAUAUUGAAUUUCAACCACUUUUACCUUUGGAUACAUAUGAUAGUAGAUUUAUAUCAAUUCCAGUACUAAUUAAAUUUGCAACAAGUGAUGGUCAUUUUGCAUAUGGGUAUUACUAUCCACCAACUAAUCCAUUGUAUACCAAUGCUGGACAGAUUAGUAAUGCAUCCAACAAACCUCCACCUCUACUUGUCAAGUCUCAUGGUGGACCUACAGAUAGUGCAGAGCCAGUUUUAAAUAUGAAAUUCCAAUACUGGACAUCAAGAGGUAUAGGUAUACUAGACGUCAAUUAUAGAGGGUCGUCAGGAUAUGGCCGACAAUACAGAGAAUUAUUAAAUACUAAAUGGGGUAUUUACGAUGUUGACGAUUGUUGUAAUGGUGCAAAAUACCUAGUUGAAAAUGGUUUUGCUUCAAAUGAUUCAUUAUUAAUUGAUGGAGGUAGUGCAGGAGGAUUUACAACAUUGGCAUCAUUAACAUUUAGAGAUGUAUUUAAAGGUGGAAGUAGUUUUUUUGGUAUUGGAGAUCUUGAUAAGCUGGCUCAACAGAGUAGACAUAAAUUCGAGUUUAGGUAUGCCGACAAGUUGGUAGGCGAUUAUAAAGAGCAACGACAAUUGUUUUAUGACCGGUCACCCAUUCGAUAUGUGUCCAAGCUAAAGGUGCCAGUUGCCUUUUUCCAUGGCGCUGAUGAUAUGGUCGUCGAUCCAAACCAAAGUCGCGAGAUGUAUGAACACUUGAAAGCGAUUGGUAUCCCUACACUACUUGAAAUCUAUCAAGGCGAAGACCACGGAUUCGUCCAAGAAAAGAAUCUCCAACGUUCACUCGAUGGAGAACAUUUCUUUUUCUCAAAAAUACUUGGGUUUGAAGCUAAAUGUUUACUUCACAAUGAUUUUAAUAUUGUAAACCUAAAUAAAUAA